GAGGAAGCUGUACAGCAGCCAUGCGGUGUGGGCCAGGUACACCGUAAACACUCCCAAGAGGAGCCUGGCCACGGACCUCCUCUUCCCGCCGCUCUCCGUAGGCUCCUUGGAGCAGCACGACGGGAACAUGAUGCAGGGCAACGACAAAAACAACCAACAAAAGGAUGCAAAGGGUAGAGAGAGGAUGGAGGUGGAUUAAGGUCGGCUGCGGUCCAGCAUGAACGCUCUUCCUCCCUGCUGCAGCAUCCCUUUACUCACUGGAUGCUUUUGGUUGUACCUCCGUUACUGCGCCUGUACACUGUUUGUUUCUAUUACGACGAAUGACAUCGGUUUAUAUUGGCACUUUUAAAUGUAGCCAUCACACUAGCUGCUAUUGAGACUCACUGGAAAGCUAUUAGUAAUAUGAAUAAAGUGAAAAUGGGCUAUUACAAGUAAUAUGUGUCAUAUACAGGACUAAACGAAUGCGCCAAAAUAUAUGUUAGACUAAGCCACUUACUUCUACGAUCUUUGUUGUCAUCGCGGUGCAUUGUGGGUAGUGUGCCCCAUCAGGCUAACAUAACAACUUUACUGUCUCUCUCAUAUUGUGGUAUAGUCGUCGGGUUUGUUGACUUGGUAGCUUGCGACCGUAAAAUGCCUUGCAUUACUGGUGUUUUAAUGUGAUGGUAAACAGAUUAAAUCUCGAAAACUGGGCUUUAGAAUACAAAGUGUCACUGAUUAGCUGCUAAUGCUAGUUAGCAUAACAUAGAUCGAUGCAUGACAGGCACGUAAUUGAGUAAACAAUACCAUGGCAAUGUUUGGAUAUUAGAGCAAAUAACCGUUGUUUUCCCCAUUUUUCACCUUACAGUUCAAGCCGUUUUAUUAUUCUUGCAUGUGGUUACGGACUGUUGGCUGUAACUUAACUGUCAACAUACUCGAGCACACUAUAACAUUAGUGAAACAACAUGGCUCAAUGAUAAAGACAUGUGCAUGCUUUUCCUAUUUUAUAUGGGGACUAGUACUUCAUAUUCUUACCUCAGCUACCAUUUAUAGUCAAUGUUUUGUAUGGUUCUAAAGUUUAUUUAGCUGCUUUGGGGGUCAUACAGGAUGCUGCUGAAUUGUCUGAGAUGCCACAGAACGUAUCUGGCAUUCAGAGGUAAAUUACAUCCAACGCGUUUUUUAAGUUCGGUGAGCAAUUCCUCCUCUACUGGAGGCAAUCAAGCUCCUAGUUGGCAUGUUGGUCGUGCAGUGUCGUACAGCGCCAUGUGCACAGUGCCACCACUGUGCAACACAGAUGGCCACCCAGAUGCACACAGCAGUCAGUUGCUGCUUGAGUCAAGACGAAGAGGUCCAGCUUGUGUGGCAAAGAACAAGAAGCUGCUGCAAAGAGGAGCAUUAUGGCCAGUGUCUUUUGUCCGCCAAAGAAUGACUGAAGCGCCUCUUUCCACUGCACAGCCAACUUUUGUAGUGAUGAGGUUUGACCAGAAAGGAACCGUAACAUCAUUUGAGAAGAAGAAGAAUGAAUUUUGUCAGGAGCAAAGUCUUCAGGCAAGGGACCUUCGCUUUUUGCACAGUACCAGCCUUGCCACGAGAAACAACUGCAUUAUUAUCAGAAUGGAGUCAUUGAAAGCCAUCAUAACCCCACUUUGCCUUUUGGUUUUGGAUUUUCGUGGUCUGGGUUUGGAACACUGGCUUGUGCUGGAGCUCGCCUCACAGCUUGCUUCACAGACUCACUCGCUGCCUUUUGAGUUCAGGGCUCUGGAGGCCAUUCUGCAACACAGGGUAAACAAUCUCCAAACCCGAUUGAAUGAAGUUGAACCAGUGAUAUUGGACAUUUUGGAAUCUCUGGUGGAUCCGAAAAUCUUAUCUGCCGAUAGAAGUAAACUACACAUACUGCUGCAGAACAGUAAGAGUUUAUCCGAGUUAGAGACGGACAUUAAGGUGUUCAAGGAUUCUUUGUUGAAGAUUUUGGAUGAAGAUGAAAUCAUUGAAGAACUAUGUCUUACCAAGUGGACAGACCCGAGAGUUUUUGAGGAGAGCAGUUUGGGGAUUGACCAUGCAGAGGAGAUGGAACUUUUGUUGGAUAAUUACUACAUGCAGGCUGAGGAGCUGGGGAACAAGGCCAGAGAGCUGAAAGGCCUGAUAGACGACUCAGAGAGUGUCAUCUUUAUAAAUCUGGACAGCCAUCGAAAUGUGAUGAUGCGUUUGAACUUGCAACUGACCAUGGGAACAUUCUCACUCUCUUUGUUUGGUCUCAUCGGCGUGGCCUUUGGGAUGAACUUGGAGUCGUCUUUGGAAGAGGACCCUCGUGUUUUCUGGCUGGUUACAGGGUUCAUGUUCCUGGGGAGCGGCUUGAUUUGGAGGCGACUGCUGUCCUUCCUGGGACGACACCUAGAGCCUACAUUACUCCCACCAAUUCCUCCAGUUUGGAAGAGAAAUCUGAAAGCGUCGGAGAUGAAGCCCGGAGUCAAAUGAUUCUACCAACCUGGGACUAGUUUGCGGGUUGAUAGAAUCAUGUCCUGCAGCACGUAGGCCAGGUGUGUGAUUAUUAUAUUGUGUGAUGGCGCAGCCAUCUCUGGUUCUUGAGGAGUGUUUGUCCUUCACAUUGUCUAUUGGUGACACACACGACUUCCAAUCUUGAUUUCUAUCAACAUGCAAGUUAUAAACACGUGCAGUCAUGUUGUUGCAUGUCAGGAUACUGAUGUGAUUCACAUUUCAGAUAUGAUUCAUCCAUGAUAUACAGUGUUAUAUAUUGUCCAUCCAUCCAUUUUCUACCGCUUAUCCCUUUCGGGGUCGCGGGGGGUGCUGGAGCCUAUCUCAGCUACAAUCGGGCGGAAGGCGGGGUACACCCUGCACAAGUCGCCACCUCAUCGCAGGGCCAACACAGAUAGACAGACAACAUUCACACUCACAUUCACACACUAGGGCCAAUUUAGUGUUGCCAAUCAACCUAUCCCCAGGUGCAUGUCUUUGGAGGUGGGAGGAAGCCGGAGUACCCGGAGGGAACCCACGCAGUCACGGGGAGAACAUGCCAACUCCACACAGAAAGAUCCCGAGCGCAGGAUCGAACCCAGGACCUUCGUAUUGUGAGGCAGACGGAUAUUGUAUUAUAUGUAUUUGUUUCAUUCCUUAGCAUUUUAUAACCCCUGGUUAAAUGAUGACAUAUUUAUUCUAAAGCUGCGUGAUUUUGUUUACAAGCAGCAUGGAGAGCAUUGUACAUCCCUCCCUUUGUAAAACCAUCUAUCCUGCAACACACAUCAAAAUAUAACAGGCUUAUUUUAUUCAACUUGGUCCUAUCAUUUUUUUGUGUAUUCUUUUCAAUUACUACAACAGUGGUUCUCAAACUUAAUUCACCAAGUACUACCUCAGAAAACACUUGGCUCUCCAAGUUCCACCAUAAUGACCAACACUGAAAUACAGUAGCUUAGUAGGCCUAACUAUACCAGUUUGAGAAUCACUGUCCGAGACUAUUGCACAUGAAGAACUUUAUCAUCUUUAACAUAUAUGCACAUUUUCCAGCUCCUAACAUCAUAAAUUCCUGGAAGUUUGUUGUGUUGAAGCAUAUGUUCAGGUGUGGUGUAAUGUAAUUAGUAGCCCAACUACUGUGAAGGUGUGUAAUACCUGUACGCCAGCUUCACAAAGAGUUAACUGAAAAUGAGAAGUCAGAGGGACAACUACAUGAUUGAUAUGUGACCAACAAACUUGGAGCUAAAGUCAUUUUGCAAGAAGCACAUCAGACAUGAAGUGACUACAAAUGAUUGAGGAAUAUUUCAAUGCGAUGUUCCCAGGAGCCUGACAGGCAAGGUUUAGGGGAAAACAGUUUAAAAUGUUUUUUAAGUCUAUUUUGGGGUCGCAAGCUGGGCCCUUUGGUGUUGGUGUGGGAGGUUUUCUAAUCCUGUAGGAGCUUGAAAAAGUUGUUGUAGCAGCAACUGUAGAAAAAAAGGAGGUGACAUGUUUAGACUUGACACAUUUGAAAAAAUCCUGGUUCUUGUUGAAGGGGAAAAAAUGCUGUCCUGCUCAGCAGGUUCAUACUUAGUCUAAUAAAAAGUCAGCAAGCGUAUGUCAAUUUCCUGAUCCACCAUUUGAUGUAUUUGUACAGUGUCAGUGACCAAAAUGGGAGAAACAUUUUCCUUGCCGUGCUGCUCCUCCCAAUGUCUCUUCUCCUCUGCGCCAAGAGCGGAUAUAGUCCUCAUGAAGCCGCCUUGGUCGUUUGUCCCUUUUGACUCAGGUUUCCAUGGCAACAGCUCCCCUGACCUUCAUGGUAUUGUGGGGAAGCUGCCGCUCGUCAACACGUCGCACCUUGGUCUAGUGUGUGACUUUAAAGUCAACCAUUUUACAUGAUAGUGUACGUUAAUCAUGUUAAUAGCAUGCAGAAACGCCAAUAUACCGUACUCGUAAGUUGAGGUACCAUUUUAGUAACAAGCUACUUCACAUUUUCAGUAACGGCAGCAGCGUUGCGACAAUGGGAAGAGUAAUUAAUUAGAUUACUUGUUACCGCAAAAAGUAACGCCAUUAUUACCAACAUUGGUUGAGGUAUUAAGGUACCUGUAAGUUGAGGUACCAUUUUACUUGUAAAUUGAGGUAUCACUGUACUCACAAGUUGAGGUACCAUUUUACUUCUACGUCGAGGUAUUAUGUCACUCAAGUUGAUUUUACUUGCCGGUUAAAGUACGACAGAACUUGUAAUUUGAGGUACCAUUUUACUUGUAAGUCAAUGUAUUACGGUACUUGUAAGUUGAGGUGCCAUUUUACUUGUAAGUCAAUGUAUUAAGGUACUUGUAAGCUGAGGUAUCACUGUACUCAUAAGUUAAGGUUCCAUUUUACUCGCAAGUUGUAUCACGGUACUCGUUAGUUGAGGUACCAUUUUACUCGCAGGUUAAAGUGAUUGGUUGAUUGAUUGAGACUUUUAUUAGUAGGUUGCACAGUACAGUACAUAUUCCGUACAAUUGACCACUAAAUGGUAACAACCGAAUACGUUUUUCAACUAGUUUAAGUCGGGGUCCACGUUAAUCAAUUCAUGGUACUCCAGUACUCGUAAUUUGAGGUACCAUUUUACUUGUAAGUCAAUGUAUUACGGUACUUGUAAGUUGAGGUACAAUUUUACUUGUAAUUCGAGGUAUAACUGUACUCAUAAGUUGAUGUACCAUUUUACUCGCAAGUUGAUAUAUCACGGUACUCGUUAGUUGAGGUACCAUAUUUCUUUGUACGUCAACGUAUUAUUUUACCCAUAAGUUGACGUACAAUUUUGCGCGUACGUCUAGGUAUUACGGUACUCGUAAGUUGAGGUGCCAUUUUACUUGUAAGCUGAGCGAUCACUGUACUCGUAAAUUGCGGUACCAUUUUACUCGUAACUCGAGUAUUACUGUAGUCAUAAAUGGUAUUGGUAAGUUAGGGUGCCAUUUUACUUGUAAAUUGAGGUAUCACUGAACUACUCCGGGCACCUCAGAACGCACAAGGAGACUUGACUCGGAAAAAAAUGACUUGAGAACUGCUCUGGCGUGCUAUAAAAAGUUAAGUUAUCAUUAAAAACUUCAACUUGCAAUAUCAUGUAAAUAUGAUAGGAAGAUCAAUAUAUUCAUUUCAUCAAGUGUAUGUGUAUGCUAGCAAAUGUGUGGUUGGCAAUAAAAAUAAUGAAAUUCCUUCAAGGUUAAUACUGGUGACUUUGGAAAAAAAAUAUUUUGCAACAGGAUCAGCCUGACAAAACAAAAGUUGCAAUUCAGUGUUUAUGCCUUACCUUCCUGACACAAAAAGCUUCCUCGCAGAAACUAAGUUUGAACGUGACAAGAUGUGUCUAAAUAUUGCGAAAAGGUUUUAGCAAAGGCUGAGGUGGGGCAGAUAAAACAGUUCAAUUUGGUGUUUUUGUGUCUGCUUUCCUGAACCUCCAGGCCCAAAACAUGGCGCUGCCAAAACAGCUGAAAAAUACUUUUCUUAGAGAUUUUAAACAUGACACAAAAUAGAGCACUUGAAUAAAAUUGAACAUCUUUAUUUCUAAAUAUGGAAAAACAAAGAAGGAAAAAAAUAUAUUAACAUGUACUCCCUUUUGAAAAUCAUGUGAGAUGUUAAGGCAUGCAGAGUCUGGCUUUCCAAAGCUAGGUUUUGUGCGAGUUUGUCAAAAAGGUCCCAUGAAAUGGCUCAAAUCCUGGUUAUUUGUUGCAUAAUUGUGUUCCAAAAUGAAUCCCUUUUCCUUUCCCUAUCAGGCGAUCUUAAAGUGGCUUACGGUUUCAGAUUAUUAGGGAAAAACAAACAAGUCAAUUGAAAACAGAGCGUCAGUGGACUACACGGGAUCCAGCAACACACACAUCUUUGCUCACGUGGGAUUCGCACAAAAACAAACACUUCAUGGAACCUUUUGCACAUUGCUUAUGUUAUUAUGAGGACCACAUCAUUCCAAAAAAAUUAAAACUGCAAAUCAAUACUGUUUGAGUGAAAUGAACUCCAUGCUAGCAUCAAACACGCUACAUUUAGGGUCAGGGAAUGUAUGGACUCUGAUUGGUCGACCAUGAAGGUGAAGAUGGACGGAAGGCACCUGGUGGUGGUCAGUGACAAGCAGGUCUACAGUAUAAAAAAUGGAUUGAGGGGCGCACUCGCCAACAUUUGGACUUUUAUCAGGACCAACAUUCUUUGGUAGACUUAGAAGGCCUGAUGGUGUCGAAGGUUGCUGGUUUGGUUUCCAAGUCUGCUCACAAGCAUAGCAAUGUUCCAUCCUUCACCAUUGGAAAUAAUGGCCUGGUGCCAACAUCGCUAUGACAACACUAACAAUAUGUUCAGUUGAUUGUCAACCGCUUCUUCGAUCAUUCCCCCCCACUAAAAAGAGGGAAAUCUACAGUUGUAUAAAUUAAUUUCAGGGACUUUCGCACACACGUUAAGACUGUCUGGUAAAUAAAUGAUCGUCUAUCACGUAAAAAAAUAUGACGACUAUUCCAGAAUCAAGUAUUAGAGGUAAAGUAUUUUUCUGCGUUAGCCAUUGAAGACAUGUAGGAAGACGACGAUCACACUCGCACGCAUCAAACCGACAGGACGACGCCCUCGUCGUCACAUUCACUAACAAGGCCUCACAUCUUACAAUGCUCCUGAGGUGCAGGGGAGCAGAGUUACUGAGUGAUGCAGUUGUUGCCCAUGUCUUCAGCGUAGCGGUCCAGUAUUAAAGUGCGUAAGUCCUCCACGUCGCCGCGGAGCUGCUGCGCUUCAAGCAGCUUCUUGUGUAGCACUUCUGGAUCCAUCCAGUCCUCGUCUUGCUGCGACAUCUCGACGGGAGCUGGGGAGAACAAGACACGUUUUCAUUCAUGUUGUGUACAGUUGUGUUGCGAGCUUGCCAUCGAUGAAGCUUACAUGUGAUGCCAAUCAGCAGUGAGAGGUUCGGGUCUUGUCCCCGAGCCAUUUGAGUCAAGAUGCUGCACAAAGCGCACAGGCCACUGAGACAAGUCGUGAUCUCCUCCAUCAGACUUUGCGUCAGGCGAGGAGCAGCAGCUGGCUGCAGAGCACAGGAUGCCUGGUUGGCGUUCUGCUGCUCUGCAUCGCCCAUCUGCUCCUGCAGUGUCAGGUUGUGCUCCGUCAGUUCCCGGUUUUGGGCAGAGAGCUGGAAAACAGUAAUGGAAGUCAGAGGUUACAGGAAUAUAAACAAGUUAUAUAUAUAUAUAUCACCUUUUUCAUGGUGACGUGGAGCUCAGACAUGUUCUGUUCUUUGGCAAACAUGUCCUCUCUCAGAGCCUGGGAAGUGUUCUCUUCCUGGGACAUCUGCUCCUCCAAAGUCUGUACAGGAAAACAAAUGAAGGUUUAUGAGAGGAUGAUGAUGAUGAUGAUGAUGAUGUUGAGUUACCUUAAUCUGAGAGCCCAGCUGCUCCAUCAUUAUGUGUUGCUUCUCAAUAACCUGCACACAACACAAACGUUGAUAGACCAGCCACUACCUAUAAAGCACCACUUGAGGGCAGUAUCACAAAGUUGACAAUUGUAUGAUAGUGCUGUCUAUGGAUGUUCUCGCUCGUCCAAGUCAUUGUAAUCGCAGAGCAUUAAAUCGAUGGCAACUGGACUGUUUGGUUUGUCUGAGAGGAAGAAAGGCCUCUUAUUAGAUUACAUUAGAUGUAGGCUGUUGGUCAUGUAGGAUGUCUUUUUGUUAUUUUUGUUUUUGUGAUGUGUAAUGUCUAUUGUUCAAAUGUACGGCAGUGAAAAUGAAUUUCCCAAGGGGACUAAAAAAUCUAAAUCUAAAUCUAAUCUAAUCUCUUAUCCAAGUAGGCUUCUUCAGUUCAUGCUCAUAGACUUAGAUUGGUCAUAUCUAGUCUGUAGUGUCUAGUCUUACUCCAAUGAAGUGAUCAAAUGUUACGUGAAACAUAGUUUGUACACCUUUAACCUUCUAUGAUAGCAAACAAAAUAUUAAUUUGCUUUAUUUCCUACGGGAACAGGACUUUUGAAAUUCAGAAGUCGUUAAACAAAAUAAUAUUUCAUAGGUAGGAUUUCCAAAGACCUGACCUGAUACCCCUCCUUCAGCUGGAGUGCAGCUGGGAUAGGCUCCUGCCCCCUGUCACCCCGGGAAGGACAAGUGGUAGAAAAUGGAUGCAUAGGAUAUGUUUAUGUGCUAUUUAUGUGAAUCUAUGUUAUUUAUUUCCCUUUAUGUGCUAUCUAUGGGAAUCUGGUUAUUGUUGUGCCAUACAACAAUUUUCCAGAAGCAGUGGCUGUCAUGAACAGUCACAAAAAUCAUGAGAAAACACAUUAAUCAAGGCACUGCACUUUUUUAUUGGUUUUUACCUCUUCCUGACACUCCUACUAUUCAUAACUAUUCAUGAAAUAUCUACGCUGAUUGUUGUUUUCAUGUAUUGACUCAGCAUUUUACUGGAGCAGCGCUCCAAUUACAUUAUAUUUGUAAUGCAAUGACAAUA